AUGAGUCUCUCGUACGGACUGGGCGGCACGGGAUCCGCGCUGCUGAUUGUGGGCGCCUACAUGCUGUUUACAGGCAGCGGCGAGGCCUUUAACGUGGGUGCUUUCCUCGAGUCGGUGUCGCCGUAUGCGUGGGCGUCCCUGGGCAUUGCCCUGUGCAUCGGCCUCUCCGUCGUCGGCGCGGCAUGGGGCAUCUUCAUUACCGGUUCCUCCAUCCUCGGCGGCGGCGUCAAGGCGCCCCGCAUCCGCACAAAGAACCUCAUCUCCAUCAUCUUCUGCGAGGUCGUCGCCAUCUACGGCGUCAUCAUGGCCAUCAUCUUCUCGUCGAAAAUCCAGGCCGUCACCGGCGCCGACCUCUACAGCGCCGACUCCUACUACACGGGCUUUGCCCUCUUCUGGGCCGGCGUGACCGUCGGCUUUUGCAACCUGGUGUGCGGUGUCGCGGUCGGCAUCAACGGCAGCGGCGCUGCGCUGGCGGACGCGGCGGACCCGUCGCUGUUUGUGCGGAUCCUGGUGAUUGAGAUUUUCAGCUCCGUGCUGGGUCUGUUUGGCCUGAUUAUUGGUCUGCUGGUGUCGAGCAAGGCCAGCGAGUUUGGCGCGGAAUAA